CUUAGCGCCAGUCCUCUAUCCGACGCGACAAAAGGAACCAUGGGACAUAUUUACAAACCCGCCAUUUUCAAGAAUACGAAGAUAAUAUGGCGGCAUUUCAAACGACUGAAAGUGGAGGAAAACAUAACCAAGUUUUUUCUUGGCUACAGCUAGUUUAUGGGGAGGAUCCCAUCCCUCAGUUUGAAAUCAACACUUUUACGUUGAGCGUCCUAGAGCAACUUGCCAGAAGAAAUCUAGAACAGAACAAACAUGCUGAAAUUAUCACCAAGGAUUACAUCCAAAAAACAGCAGAAUACUCUGCUGAGGUUGAAAGGCUAAGUAGGAUAACAGAGCAAGUGGGUUUACCAGUAUCCAGCAUGUCACAGUCAGGACGAAUGAGCUUGAAAACCCUUACAUCUCUGGCCCAGUUGCUUGGCACUAAGAAUUGUUCCACAUCAAGUCUUUUGUUAGGGAUUGCAGAACAAAGCCAAGCCCUGUUUGCAGCAAUUGAUGCGAACACAGAAGAGAAACGACUUCUUUCCAGACUCUUGGUGAGGACCAAGAAGGCAAAAACUACUGCCUCUGACUUACAAAGGUCCCUUGAUGGUCUUCAGGAUCAAGUAGCCUUACAGACUCCGCAGCUGAAGAAAAACUCUCAAGAAACUGAAUUUGUGAAACUGAAGUGCAAAGAAUAUGCAAAACUCAACAAGGAACUUGAGGCAUAUCAAAGUCAAGUUCAGUUAGAUUCUUCAAUCUACCAUGGAUCCCUUGUCAAGAAAGCUGAGGAAGUAAGACUAAUCAAGGAAAAGAUGAAACCAAUAAAAAGCAAGUUAGAAGGUUACCACAGCCUACCACCAGAUAUUUCUCAGGCUAGAGUUAAAGUUGAAGAAGCAAAGAUGCAAUUGGAACUCUUAGAGAAACAACUAUCAAUCAGUAUAGACACACUUCACUUGUGAUAUCUGUUGAUGUGGUCCCCGUUGUUAUUGUUGUCAAGUGCAAGAGGACUGAAAAUAAAGAAUCUGCAUCAAGUCCUACUAGAACAUAUCACCCUAGUGCGAUGCUGGUUUGAAAUGGUACUAAGAUGUGACAGAACCAAAAGAAGUUUGAGUGAGGGUUGCUGAGCCAAAAAUGAUGUAUCUUGAUUAUGACAAGUUGGCAUGUGGCCCUCAAGCAGCUUGUGCCAUUAAAUUCUUCACUAGUCAUGAAAUGGCAGGUCUUCAUACUAGGAUUUAUCAAGAGUGACAUCUGUUCCAGUGGUGUACCUUGACUCUCUUGACAGGCAUAUGUAUGCAAACCAAUGGUUUUGUACCACAAAAAGUGCUGAACUCUGCAAGAUAUCACUAGAGGAUUAUUGGUCACUGCAUAGGGAACCUGACAUUUAAUGCAGUAAGAAAACGUAGCAAAAUUGAAGUAGUUUGAACUUAUUUCGAGAUGACUUACAAAUUAAAAAAGUUUAGCUUUGUGAUAUAAAUUCUGAUUCUCAAUACCAUGACAGCUGAGCCUGUUAU